GCGCACAGUAAAAGGCCUUCUGAAGAUGAAAAUAUUGAGAAAAAAAGGCCAUCCAAAUUGAGAUAUUUUGGGUUGAAAAAAAUGGUGGACAACUGCUAAUUCUCCAACCGCUACAGUUGUUGCUACUUGUUCACAUGCUUCUCCUCUCAAAGCGCCACCAAUCUUCAAACAAUUCGGAGAAGUUUUGCCAAAGCGAUGGCGGCCGUACCUGAAAACGACACGCAACAGAAUAAUAUGCCUGUCGCCGGCGAAAACCUCGCUGCGGCGGAGGUGGCAGCUGGCAGUUCAUCUCUGGUUAGGUGGGAGAGGUUUCUGCCUAAAUUAACCGUGAGAGUAUUAUUGGUCGAAGCUGAUGAUUCCACUAGGCAGAUUAUUGCUGCACUUCUCAGGAAAUGCAGCUACAAAGUUGCGGCAGUUUCUGAUGGUUUGAAAGCAUGGGAGGUAUUGAAAGCUAAAGCUGAGAACAUUGAUCUUAUUCUGACAGAAGUUGAAUUGCCAUCAAUCUCUGGAUAUGCCCUUCUCACAUUAAUUAUGGAGCAUGAUAUUUGUAAAAAUAUUCCAGUGAUAAUGAUGUCUUCAUAUGACUCUGUCAGUAUAGUUUACAAAUGCAUGUUGAGAGGUGCAGCUGAUUUUCUUGUAAAGCCUAUCAGGAAAAAUGAGCUCAGGAACUUGUGGCAGCAUGUGUGGAGGAAACAAGUUCAAUCAAGUGGUGCUGGCCUUGGACCUCCAGAUGAGAGCGUGGCGCAACAGAAGAUUGAAGCUACAGCUGAGAACAAUGGUACUAGUAAUCAUUCAAGUCAACAGAAAAUUGAAGCCACGGCUGAGAACAAUGCUACUAGUAAUCAUUCAAGUGGUUAUAUGGCAUGUGUUCAGAGAAAUAGGGAGUGCAUCGAGAAAGGAACUGAUGCUCAGAGUUCAUGCACGAAGCCGGAGCUGGAAACUGAUGGACCAGAUGUUGAGCAUGUACAUUCUCUCUUACAGCCAAAAACCAACAAAUGUCUUUCAGACAACGUAAAUACUUAUGUGCUCAAAGAACGUCAAGAAGAAAGCAGAAGAACGAGAGCGCAUGAUAAUGAGGCUGGAGGGUUGCAGAUUGUGGCUAGCAUGGAUGUUAACUAUGGAAACACACAAGGACAGGACAAGAACCCUUCUUUGGAACAAGUUAAUGUCACUGGUCAGGGUUCCGAGAAUAAUCAUGUCAGAGAGGCUAUUGACUUAAUUGGAGCUUUUAGUAACUGUUGUAAAGGAACUUUGGCCAGUCCCACCUCAAAUACCAGCACAAACAAGUUUGAUAUUUUGCCCCUGUUGGAUCUGUCUCUGAGAAGAUCUCAUCCUAGUGGCUCGGUGAAUCAAGUAAACGAUGAAACCCGCAGGAUAAACCAUUCGGAUGCAUCAGCAUUUUCUCGUCUAGUGGAUAUAAACUCAUGCAGGUAUGUCAACAAGCCAUUGCAGCGCAGAAACUCCACAUCUCGAAGCACAUGUAAUCAACAGAAAGACCUUGGGACCAAUUCGGAGAAACAACAAUCUAAUCAUACCCCUGAGUAUACUUCCGAUGCACGUGGUUCAAGAAUAAGCUCACAGAAAUAUGCUUCUGUGACUGGGACCCGGACUGGACUACCUGAAACUCCAUUUUGCUACCCUCAGCUAAGGGAAAAUUCUCAACCAAUUCCAGCUAGAGGUGUAGGAUUUGAAAAUGUGAUCAACGGAUUUGGUGCUGUGAUGCCUCAAAUGUAUUCUGCACAAUCUGGCCUGUCACCUUUGCCGAGUCCCAGUGCAGCUAGCCACAAACAGUCUUUCGCUUAUUUGAAUCAUCAAGCAGACCAUCAGCCCACAAAUUCUCAGAGUUUUCGUGACCUUCUUGAUCAAAGGAUCAGCUGUACCAUGGAGCAAACUGAUAAUAAACAAGGCCAGAAGCAUAAAACUUUUGAGGAUAGAGGACAUUUUUCUUUUGCCAAUGAUCAGAGUCCUAACAGUGGUUGCUAUAAUGGUUAUACAAGCCACCAUCUGAGCAUAGGUUCUGGUGCCAUUGGCCUGAUUAAUUCUAUCUCAGUUGUCGAUGCCACAUCCGAUGCUGCUAGUGAAGAGGGAGCCCAAGUUCAUGAGAGUGAUUCAAGUCGGUCCAUGCAAAGAGAAGCGGCUCUAACAAAAUUUAGACUGAAGAGGAAGGAGAGAUGCUUUGAGAAGAAGGUGCGCUAUGAAAGCAGAAGGAAGCUGGCUGAGCAGCGUCCCCGUGUGAAAGGACAGUUUGUGCGACAAGUACCUGAUGAUGCUCAACCAGGGAGCUGACAGCUGGUUAGCUCAGCAUCCUCUUAAAUUUUUAGAGAGUGAUCAGUUUAGAUCACUGUGAUUGUUAGAAAGUAGAAAUGUUCCAAGGGCUUUCAAGCUGAUAGUGAAAAUGAUUACUUUUACCAUGUAAAAAAAGGCUGAUUGCCAUGUAAUUUUUGUACUAUAUAUUUUCACUUUGUUUAGGCA